CAUACAAUUCUCGCCCAGUUUACCUUCGCCAGACCUCUUAUCUGGAUAUAACUCCUCAAACCCUAGCUUUACCUUCUCUAUGUUACUUUUCCUCUCUAGAUCUCUCUUCACAGUGUGCAUUUUCGUGUCUUUUCUUCUUUCUUUUCAUUCAAGCUUUGUUCUUCGUCAAUCUUGAUUUUUUUUUUGAUAAGAUCUGUAUGGUGUGGUUCGCUUACGGUGCUUAAAUCUUGCGUUCUGAUUUUUUGUGGUUCUCGUGAAGUUCUUGUUUCGUUGUUUUUUCCUCUGAGUGGUCGGUGUGGGGAUUAGAGAGCGUGGUGGAGUAAGGAAGAGGGGGGGUUCUUCGGUAUCGAUAGAUCUUCUUCUGCUUCUUUUGAGGGGGGUAGCCGGGGCCUCGGCCUCGGCGGGUUUUAAAGCCCCCACCUACACAAACGAACGGGAAAAACUGUAUAGAAACCGAAUCUUUUUUAUUUAACAGAUCGUCGCGGAGAACAGGAUGCCGGCCCUGGCUUGUUGCGUAGAUGCUGCCGUUGCGCCUCCUGGCUAUGCUGCUUUUGCCGGGGAUAGCUCCUUUCCCGCGCCGGUCCCUUUAACAGAUGGACCUCAGGCGACAAUCACCUCCGCCGCCGUGGAAAUCUCCUCCCAUUGGUCGCCUUCCCUCUCCGCCGAGCUGUACAAGAUUAAUGGCUGGGGGGCGCCGUACUUUUCCCUCAAUUCAUCCGGCAAUAUAUCUGUCCGUCCUCAUGGCGCCGGCACCAUGUCUCACCAGGAGAUCGAUUUGUUGAAAAUCGUGAAGAAAGCCUCAGAUCCGCAAGCUGCGGGUGGUCUAGGUUUGCAGCUCCCUCUAAUUGUCCGGUUGCCCGACGUGCUUAAGAACCGUCUGGAGUCCCUCCAUUCAGCUUUCGACUUGGCGAUCCAAUCCCAGGGAUAUGAGUCUCACUACCAAGGUGUGUAUCCCGUGAAAUGCAACCAGGAUCGUUUUGUUGUCGAGGAUAUUGUGAAAUUCGGUUCCCCUUUCCGGUUCGGACUGGAAGCUGGUUCAAAACCAGAGCUGCUGCUUGCUAUGAGCUGUUUGUGCAAGGGAAAUCCUGAAUCUCUCUUGGUCUGCAAUGGAUUCAAAGAUGCAGAAUACAUUUCACUUGCUCUAAUUGCGAGAAAGCUUGCUUUGAACACUGUCAUCGUUCUAGAGCAAGAGGAAGAGCUCGAUUUGGUUAUGGAAAUAAGCAAGAGGCUCUCUGUCCGCCCUGUUAUUGGUGUUCGAGCCAAGCUAAGAACUAAGCAUGCGGGUCAUUUUGGCUCUACAUCCGGUGAGAAAGGGAAAUUUGGGUUAACCACUACGCAGAUAUUGCGGGUUGUGAAGAAACUGGAGCAAGUUGGGAUGCUUGAUUGCCUUCAGUUGCUGCAUUUUCAUAUUGGGUCGCAAAUUCCUUCAACAGCCUUAUUGACCGAUGGCGUUGGCGAGGCUGCGCAGAUUUACUGUGAAUUGGUUCGCCUUGGAGCGCACAUGAGGGUCAUUGAUAUUGGGGGUGGUCUCGGAAUUGAUUAUGAUGGAUCAAAAUCAGCAGAUUCCGAUGUUUCUGUUUCUUAUGGACUGGAAGAAUAUGCUUUAGCUGUUGUGCGAGCAAUAGGGUUUGUUUGUGACCGCAAGAAUGUCAAGCACCCUGUACUUUGCAGCGAAAGUGGCAGAGCUAUUGUUUCUCAUCACUCUGUCUUGAUAUUUGAGGCUGUCUCUGCUAGUGUGCCCAAUGCCCAAGGGAUGAACCCGGUCGGGCUCCAGUACUUAAUUGAGGGUCUGCCUGAGGAUGCUCUCACAGAUUACCGGAAUCUCACAGAUGCAGCUAUGAGGGGUGAGUAUGAAACAUGCUUACUCUAUUCGGAUCAGUUAAAGCAGCGUUGUGUUGAUCAAUUCAAAGAAGGGAGCUUAGGCAUUGAACAACUAGCAGCAGUUGAUGGUCUCUGCGAACUGAUAGCCAACGCAAUUGGUUCUUCCGAUCCUACCCGCACCUACCAUGUGAAUCUCUCUGUUUUCACUUCGAUUCCUGAUUUCUGGGGCAUUGGUCAGCUUUUCCCUAUUGUUCCCAUCCACCGUCUUGACCAAAGGCCAGUUAUGAGAGGGAUUUUAUCUGAUUUGACCUGUGACAGUGAUGGGAAGAUCGACAAAUUCAUAGGUGGAGAGUCAAGCUUGCCGCUUCAUGAGCUUGAAAGUGGUGGCAGUAAUGGUGGUGGAAAGUACUAUUUGGGGAUGUUCUUGGGCGGGGCUUAUGAGGAGGCCCUCGGGGGAGUACACAAUCUGUUUGGGGGGCCUAGCGUGAUCCGUGUAUCUCAGAGCGAAGGCCCUCACAGCUUUGCAGUGACGCUUGCUGUUCCUGGCCCGUCCUGCAGUGAUGUCCUCCGGGUGAUGCAGCAUGAGCCCGAACUGAUGUUUGAGACACUCAAGCACCGCGCAGAAGAGUUCUGCGGCAGUGGGCAAGAUGAAGACAGUGAUGGGGAUGAUAAUGGCAUGGGUAAUGCUGCUUUAGCUAGCAGUCUUGCCCGUUCUUUCAACAACAUGCCUUAUCUUGCUGCUUCAUCAUCUUGUUCCUUGACUGCUAUGAACAAUGGUGGAUUUUACUACUGCAACGGGGAUGACUACGAUGCUGUUGUUUCUGCUGCUGAUACUGCUGCUGUUGAUGACGAGCAGUGGUCAUACUGUGUUGCUUGAGAGUCCCCCCAUAUUCAAGUGGUUUGUCUGCCCCUCUUGAGGUUGUCUGGUUUUUAAUUUUAGUCCCUAUUUAAAUUUUCAAUGUCAUUUUGAUUUGAAGCUAAAGAUGGAGAAAAAGCAUAAACACAGUGCUUUGCAUUUUGUGAUAAGAGGAGGGGGAUGGGAAGCCGAAUCAACUCUUGUUCUGUUAAUUUGGGAUUCUUGUUCCCCUCUUUUCUCUGUCUUUUUAGUAGACUCUUCAAGAAAUUUAAAUUGACUAAUUAGUUUCUUUCGGUGUC